AUGUCUGUACUUGGCCCUUACCUGUCUGAUGGAAAGAACAAUGAUGCAAAAAUCCUCAACCAUAUCAUCAAUACAAACGUUGAGGAUAUCAAAUCGUAUGUCCAUCCUGGUGACAUAUUUGUGGUGGACAGAGGGUUUAGGGAUUCCCUGCAGCUAUUAGAGGAUCUGGGAAUACAGUCAAAGAUGCCUUCAUUUUUGCCAAAAGGCGAGACCCAGUUCCAAACCGAGGUCGCCAACACUAGCAGGCUUGUCACGAAGAUCAGAUGGGUGGUUGAGUCUGCCAACGCACGGCUCAAGAGAUGGAAAUACUUAGACAGAGUAUUACCUAACAGCCAGGUUCCAUUUAUUGGCGACUUUGUGCAAAUAAUUUGUGCCGUUUGCAACAAAUAUCUUCCGCCACUUUCAUCUUCAUGCUCUGAUGAUGACAGACUCGCACAACAUAUGCUGCAGUUAGCAACUCAAGAGAACUCUCUGAAAACUGAGAUUGAGGAGAGCAAUCUCGACAAAAGUCGAGCCGUGUGGGUUCCAGUUUCUGACACUGAUCUUGAAGACUUCCCUCGUCUCACUGAGGACAUACUACGGACCCUCACAUGUGUUGUCUAUCAGUUGAAGCUUUGCCCUGGAUACAUCCAAGAACACCUUGAGGGCGAUGAAGACAUUCGUGUACAUAAAGAAAGAAGUGGGCUGAUUCGUGUGCGUUUACAAAGUCGUCAUGUCUCGGCGAAACAAUACAAUCUUUGGAUUAAAUUAAACAAUUAUGAAAUUCUUGGUUGGUAUUGCAAAUGUAGAUCUGGUUCAAGGAUAGUUGGAAUGUGUGCACACUGUGCAGCAGUGAUUUGGUACUUGGGUUAUGGAAAGCACAGAUUUUUGGGUGCUCUUGGUGUCCGUGACUGGAGUGAAUAUGUUGAUGAUGCUAGUGUUGUUCCACCAACAGUUGAUAGUUCAGACUCGGACAGCGAUUAA